GACUUUGAGUGCGCUUAAAUAUUUACCGUUUGCUUUUAAAUGUUUGAUAGUGGGAGAGUUUUGAGAUGAAAAUUAACAAAAUGCAGAUUCACUGAGUUGAUUAUAAACAUAUAUUACCAUAUUGCCAUAUUUAUAGUCUAAGAAUUGUUGAAAAUAUGAUUACCUUGAGAGGAAAAUUGAAGAAGGAUAGUGAUAUACCAAACUCAAAAAACAGAGAAUAUAAUAAACGCGUUUCUGUCCGUGAUAAGCUAUUAAUAAAAGAGGUUCAAGAAAUGCAGCAAACAUUACCUAGUACAUGUCAGGUGAAAUUUCAAGAUCCCGAUUGUCUACAUGAGUUUAUUCUCUUGAUUGUUCCUGAUGAAGGAUAUUGGGUUGGAGGUAGAUUUCAUUUCCAAGUUUAUAUACCUGAAGAAUAUAAUAUGGCUCCACCAAAAGUUAAAUGCCUAACAAAAUUGUGGCAUCCUAAUAUAAAUGAGGAUGGUAACGUAUGUCUCUCAAUUUUAAGGCAGAGUAGUAUAGAUGAAAUGGGGUGGGCACCGACUCGUAAACUUAAAGAUGUUGUAUGGGGUUUGAAUUCACUUUUCACAGAUCUUCUAAAUUUUGAUGAUCCUUUAAACAGAGAAGCAGCUGAUCUAUUUGUAAAAGAUAAGGAAUCCUUUCGAAGUAAGGUUAAGGAUUAUGUUAUGCAAUAUGCAAAAAGAUGAUUCAGAUCAGUGGGUAAUAUUAUAACAGUGACGCUCUACGUUUAUGGAAUUAGUUUUUUAUUUUGAUGGAAAGUUCGAGUUUGAUUAAAAAGUGUUUUUUAAUUUGAUAUCGAUUAAUUUGUAUUUAACUAUCAUUCAGUACUAGUCUUCUUAUUCUAGGGAGAUUGUUUUUGUUAUAUUUGAAUCUGUUAAUUAUAUGCAGCUUUUGAAUGUUAUGAUACUUCAUAGCAGUUAAAUUUGUGUAAAUUAAUGGUAUAGAGAGCGAGAACGGAGGACAUGUCAUGUGUACAAUAUACUUAUCCUUUUUAUAGAGCAUUGUAAUGAUGAAAGAUCAUAAUUUGUAAAUAAAGUCAAUAUUUAAUAAUAAA